CGCCCUUGUCCCGGCUCCCCGCAAGGGUCUUGUCCCCUCGGGAGUUGGUCUCCCAAGGCCCGGAGAGGUGAGAGGUGACAGUCCGGGCCUCCCAGCCUGUGCCCAGGGACCAGCGUUUGAAAACAGGGCCGUGGGCUCCAGCUGGCUUGGCGGCAAGAGGAGGAGUCCCCUGCAGAUGCUCUACGACCUGGACCAGGGCUGCAAGCAACAGAAAAGGUAGCUGAGGCCAAUUUAAGCCAUCGGGACACUCACUGCUUAUGUCUCAAGAUGCUCAGACACCAGCAGCCCCUGGUACGGCGGCACAGGGCUCAUCCCCAUCCUCCGGACGUUACUACUGUGGCCCGCGCUCCGCGCUGGCCGAGGUGCACCGGCAGCGGCGCGACCUCCUGCGCCGCGCCUGCAGCCGCCACACGCGCCGGCAGCACCUGCUGCAGCCGGAGGACCUGCGGCACGUGCUGGUGGACGACGCGCACAGCCUGCUCUACUGCUACGUGCCCAAGGUGGCCUGCACCAACUGGAAGCGCGUGCUGCUGGCGCUGAGCGGCCGCGGCCCGGGAGACCCGCGCGCCAUCCCCGCGCACGAGGCGCACGCGCCCGGCCGCCUGCCCUCGCUGGCCGACUUCAGUCCGGCCGAAGUCAACCGGCGCCUGCGCGCCUACCUGGCCUUCCUGUUUGUGCGCGAGCCCUUCGAGCGCCUGGCCUCGGCCUACCGCAACAAGCUGCAGCGGCCCUGGGGCGCCACCUUCCAGCGCCGCUUCGGCACCGGCAUCGUGCGGCGUCUGCGGCCGCGCCCGGGCCCCGACGCGCUGGUCCGCGGCCACGACGUGCGCUUCGACGAGUUCCUGGCCUACCUGCUGGACCCGCGCACGCGCCGCGACGGGCCCUUCAAUGAGCAUUGGGAGCGCGCCCACGCGCUCUGCCACCCGUGCCGCCUGCGCUACGACGUCGUGGGCAAGUUCGAGACGCUGGCGGAGGACGCGGCCUUCGUGCUGAGCCUGGUGGGCGCGCCCGGCCUGCGCUUCCCCGAGCCGCCGUCCAGGGCCCGGGCCGCCGGGCGCGACCGUGCCGCGCGCCUCUUCCGCGACAUCAGCCCGUUCUACCAGCAGCGCCUCUACGGCCUCUACAGGAUGGACUUCCUGCUCUUCAACUACUCCGUCCCCUCCUACCUGCGGCUGCGCUAGCCCUGCGGGCGGGGGGGAUGGGGCGCGGAGACUGCGCAUGCUGCGGGGCCGUGACUCCGCCCCGAGAGCCACCGCCCCCGCGCUCUCUCACCCUCGGCCCGCCCACCCGGGCCAACCGCAUCCCCGGUGCAGCCC